AUGCCUUCUUGGAUCGCGGCUGUGCUGAUCCCCCUGUCGGGGCUGCUGCUGCCCUUGCCGGCCGCCGGAGCGGACGUGAAGGCUCGGAGCUGCGCCGAGGUCCGCCAGGCUUACGGGGCCAAGGGAUUCAGCCUGGCGGACAUCCCCUACCAGGAGAUCGCAGGGGAACACUUGAGAAUCUGUCCUCAGGAAUAUACAUGCUGUACCACAGAAAUGGAAGACAGGUUGAGCCAACACAGCAAACUGGAGUUUGAGAACCUCGUGGAGGAGACGAGUCACUUUGUGCGGACCACUUUUGUGUCGAGACACAAGAAGUUCGAUGAAUUUUUCCGCGAGCUGCUGGAGAAUGCUGAAAAGUCUCUCAAUGACAUGUUCGUGCGCACCUAUGGGAUGCUGUACAUGCAGAACUCGGAAGUGUUUCAGGACCUCUUCACGGAGCUGAAGAGAUACUACACCGGGGGCAAUGUGAGUCUGGAGGACAUGCUCCAUGACUUCUGGGCUCGGCUCCUCGAGCGGAUGUUUCAGCUGAUAAACCCGCAGUAUCAUUUCAGUGAGGACUACUUGGAAUGUGUGAGCAAGUACACGGACCAGCUGAAGCCAUUUGGAGAUGUGCCCCGGAAACUGAAGAUCCAGGUCACGCGUGCAUUCAUUGCUGCCAGGACUUUUGUUCAAGGGCUGACUGUGGGCAGAGAAGUGGCGAACCGAGUUUCCAAGGUCAGUCCAACCCCAGGCUGCAUCCGUGCCCUCAUGAAGAUGCUGUACUGCCCGUACUGCCGCGGCCUUCCCGCUGUGCGACCCUGCAACACCUACUGUCUCAAUGUCAUGAAGGGCUGCUUGGCAAAUCAGGCUGAUCUGGACACCGAAUGGAAUCUAUUCAUAGAUGCAAUGCUUUUGGUGGCCGAGAGACUGGAAGGACCAUUCAACAUUGAGUCCGUCAUGGAUCCUAUUGAUGUCAAGAUCUCGGAAGCCAUCAUGAACAUGCAAGAAAACAGCAUACAGGUGUCUGCAAAGGUCUUCCAGGGAUGUGGCCAGCCCAAGCCCGCUCCAGCCCUCAGGUCAGCCCGGGCAGCUCCAGAGAACUUUAACACUCGCUUCAGGCCCUACAAUCCUGAGGAAAGACCGACAACGGCUGCCGGCACCAGCUUGGACCGGCUGGUCACAGACAUAAAAGAGAAACUGAAGCUCUCUAAAAAGGUCUGGUCGGCUUUGCCCUACACCAUCUGCCAGGACGAGAGCGUGACGGCGGGCACGUCCAACGAAGAGGAAUGCUGGAACGGGCACAGUAAAGCCAGAUACUUGCCUGAGAUCAUGAACGAUGGACUGACCAAUCAGAUCAACAAUCCCGAGGUGGAUGUGGACAUCACACGGCCCGACACUUUCAUCAGGCAGCAGAUUAUGGCUCUCCGCGUGAUGACCAACAAAUUAAAGAAUGCCUACAAUGGCAAUGACGUCAACUUCCAGGACACAAGUGAUGAAUCCAGUGGGUCAGGGAGUGGCAGUGGUUGCAUGGAUGAUGUGUGCCCCACGGAGUUUGAGUUUGUCACCACGGAGGCCCCUGCAGUUGACUCCAAUCGAAGAGAAGUAGACUCUUCUGCCAGCCAGCUCGGCCACUCCCCGCUCUCGUGGUCUCUCCUCUGCAUCGCCCUGGCACUGCAGAGACUGCGCAGAUAAUCCUGGGUUUGGGGUCGGAUGAAUCUGCAUCUUAGCUAUUUGAACGGCCAACUUCCUUCUUUUCUUACACAAUUGGACGAUGGACCAUGCCACAAAAACCUACUGUUUUCUAUAAGAAGAGAGCAGCCCAGCAAUCUGCCUCCCUUUUUUGUUUUCCCAAAGAAUACCGGGUGCCAGACUGGCCUGCUUCCUCCUUCCUUCAGCUCUCUCUGAGGACCGUGUUUCUCCUAGAGAAUUCUUACUCAACUCUUUCAUACCAGGAGAUUUUCUUACCUUCAUUUGCUUUUAUGCUGCUGAAGUAAAGGAAUCUCGUGUUGUGAGUUUCUUUUGUUCCUUUCCUCAUUAAAAAAUAUAUUUAGGAAAAAAAUCUCUUUGUAAAAUCAGGCCAACCCCCAAGAUAACAGCAUUUGCAACAAGCAAACCAACAAGAGAGAAAAAGAAGAAACUUUCACACUACAAGUACAGUAUUGAUGGCCAGCUCUCAGUGAGAGGUCUCCGUGAGAAGGCACGUUUCUCCCACGCUUAUAGGGAGCAAGGGUGAGUUUCAAAAAAAAGAAAAUAAAAUACAAGGUUUUCUUGGAGCUAUUGUCUUCUACUCUAAUCACACAAUACCAAAUUGAUUUGGAGGUACUGACACUAAAAUCUAGAAUUUCAUUUCUAAUAUGAGGGUAAAAAAAAAGGCAAUAACUCAGCACCUCUCUCUCAAACAGUCCAAUUCCUGUUUCCGUGAUGGCGCUGUUUCUUUUAUUCCCUUAACGUCUGACCGUUGUGUCAAUAAAUCGAAACAGAUUUGGGGUCCCCGCCCCCUUCAUCUUCAGUGAGUAACAAAAACACUUCAUUUCAUCAGUUCAUCCUCCUCUAGGGUCUACGUUGAAAUUGAUCUUCAAUGACACAACAGCUUUGCUUUUGACACCAGUUUGAUAUUACUUGGAAGUUUCUGCCUCUGUGCUCAUGUGACUCCCUCAAGAAAAGUUCUAUCCAGGAACUGAUUAGAUCCAUACUUGAGCUUCCAUGUUGAACUCCUUUUGCUUCGUGUCUAUUGGUGUCUGCAUCACCAGGGCAUUCUCCUACAAAACAACUCACAACAAAAAAUAAAAUACAAAUUUAAAUAUAUAUAUAUAGUAUUGACAUGGAGAUUUCUUUCACUUUUUUAGUCUUAGUAUGAUCAUCUAUUUUUAUAUCUCUAUAUAUAAAUCACAGAUUUUAACUUCUUAAUUCCAAACUCAGGGUUGACAUACCUUUGUAACAAAAAUGUUUUGUCAACCAGCUCUUCUUGUUUGUGCUGCUCAGAGAAGGGAUUCCUCAAUGACCUAUGGGCACCACGAAUCGAGACAGAGAACUUUUUCCGCAUCUAACUGUCCAUCUAGUGAAAGUUUGCCAGGGCACUCCCGUUUCGCAUGAGUGUACUUUGUCCUGGGCGCUCCAAAUUGUACUCAGCCUGUGGGGAGAGCUAUGGUCAUGCGAGACUGUACUGGCCAUGGAAAUGUAUGCGCAAAGAAUGUGUUUGUCACUCAACACUGUUGCUUUCAUGUACAACACUGUUCCAGAUGUGGUUUCGUUGCUUGAAUAAAUCAAUACAUCGUCGGCCUAGGAUUUCUGCUUGGCACUUGGAACAAUGGCCUGACUCAGAGGCCAAUUUAAAGCCACAGCCUAACCAAGUCUAAAGUGUGCCAAUGCUAGUCCUAUGCUCACCUCGACAGAGGGAUGCAAAACCAACCAGCCGGGCCCUUUAUGACUACAGUUCACUAUCCAUCUGUCCCCUGGGCUUUAUGAUGCAUCUGGAGUUGGGAGAAAUAAUGUUUCAAAACACCACAGUUUACCAGUCACCUUUUAAUUAACCCAUUGACAGUAAUGACACAUGAAUGGCACUGUUGACCUCUGUUCUCAUAAAAAUUAUAAUUAGUCAUUGAUUUAGUUGUCACAUUAAUGUAGAACACAUACCAUAUUAAAUAUGGUUGCGCAUUUUCACAAAACAAAGUAUUUACAAGCAUCUAUUGCUAGUUUAUGCCUAAUGAAAUAUGAAAAGUAGGAUUUUGAGGGCUCUAUGGCAUCUUUUCAUUUAACUCCCCAUGAAGUUGACACUCUAAUUUAGCGUGACACGCUUAAAGAACACCGGACAGUUUACUGCCAAACUCUGGUUUUCCAUCCCGAAUUACAUAUUCAACAUCUUUCUUUAUGCAGGGCCACUCAUUUACAUAUGUUGCUCAUUUCAUCAUACAUUUGUCCACAGCUCAUUCUUGUCUUUUCUCCAGUGGCUAAGGUGCAAUACAAUCAAAUUAAACCAACCUUAAUUUACCAAAAUAUUUGAGUGAUAAGUUCUUUUUAUGACUUUAAACUCCAACCCUUUUUUAUGGUUUGUUUUUUUUCUUCAUUGUUUCCUUUGAAAGGGAUCAGAAUGCUUCCCUCCCCUUUGCUGUCACCCCCAAAGGGUUUCAUGCAUAUGUAUCAAUACACAUUAUAUUAAUGUAUGUGCAUUCAUCGUCUGUACAUGCCAAACAUAGAGUCAACAUAUAAGCACCUGCUUCAUUCAUUUCAUCAUUUUGAUUACCAAAAUACAUAUUGGUGAGGUAUCGAGAUCCAUAUCAACCAGACAGAGAGCUGAAAGUACCAUCAAUUAGCAAUGCCACAA